UUACUUUCUGUGCUUUUAUUCCACUGUUCUGCAUGCAGUUCCAGUGCAGUAUUUUCUGAAUGUUGUCAUCACAGUCCAGUGCAGUCUGCUGUUGUCUUGAAAAAUCCUCACUGCCAGAAUUCUCUGACACAGGGGGUCACAGUGACAGUAAUCUGUCAGGACACGUUACAGGCAUCAAAGAGAAACUUCCAUGGGCAGGAUUGGGUCCAUGCGCUUGAGUCUGCUAAAAAUGCAAAAGCCGCCAGAGCUCUUAAAUUCUCCAAGUCCCUCAACGACGUGGACCAGAAGGCACAGAGCACCACAGAGGGCUCUAACUAUGGGGAGCGAACGUGCUCUGAAGGCAAACUGACCCCGACACAGGAGCAGUGUUUAAGGAUUAACAGAUUUAAUCAGAAAGAGAAGAAAUCACUCAAUCUCAGGCCUUCUUUUAGCAAUUCUAAACACUCUUACAUGCCGUCUCUUUCCCCCACCUACUCGAGCGCUUUGGGAGCAGCCGAGAACCACCACGCGGUGCAUAUACCUCUCCUGGAUGACAAGGUGGACAAUGAGAUGUCAGCAAGAAGCAAAAAGCUGCUGCGCUACCUCUUUUCCUUCUCCCACAGCUUGAGUGCCAGCAGCCUGCAUAAGUUCCAUGAACUAGAGAGCUAUCCAAGCCACUUCCAAACUGCAAAAUCCUCCAGCGUGCUGGUGGAAAGCACAGGCUUCUGCUCUGAUGAUAUGGGGGAUGAUGACGUAUUCGAGGACAGUGCCUCCGUGAGGUUGAAAUCAAAGGAGCUGCGGGCACCACUGUGUUCAGUUGAGAAAGACAGUGACCUAGACUGCCCUUCUCCCCUGUCAGAAAAAUUCCCCCCUCUUUCCCCUGUGUCCACGUUGGGGGAUGCCUGCAGGAUAUGUCACUGUGAAGGAGAUGAGGAAAGCCCCUUGAUUACCCCCUGUCACUGCACAGGAAGUCUUCAUUUUGUGCACCAAGCCUGCCUGCAGCAGUGGAUCAAGAGCUCAGACACUCGAUGUUGUGAACUCUGCAAGUAUGAGUUCAUCAUGGAGACCAAAUUAAAGCCCCUACGAAAGGGAUUCUAGAGUGGCCAUUUUGGACUAAGCUGGUAGUUGUGGCUAUUGGCUUCACUGGAGGACUUCUAUUCAUGUAUGUCCAGUGCAAAGUGUAUGUACAGCUGUGGAAGAGACUUAAGGCUUACAACCGAGUAAUAUAUGUACAGAACUGUCCAGAAACUAGCAAAAAGAGUAUCUUUGAAAAACCUGCAUUAAUGGAGCCAAACAUUGAAAAUAAAGAAAUGCUUGGGGUCCACCAUUCAGAUACAAACUCUUCACAUUACACAGAGCCUGAAGACUGUGGUGCAGAAAUCCUUCAUGUCUGAUCUUUGGGGGCCAGGGAACGGUGAGGGUUCUGUAUGUUCCUGAGGAUCAAAAGCAUCAUUGUUUACUGCAAACUGCUCUACCUUUUUAAAAUCAGCUAACAGCCUAGCACUGGCGGAUUACUUUAAAAAAAAAAAAAGCAUUUGUUUUACCCCCCUGACAUAUCUGUCAGUAUGUUAUCAUGGUUCCAUACCUCUCGAUGUUUCGUCUCUCAGACUGGCCUGUACAAAGAGACACCGGAGGCUUCACUGGAUGAGGCAAGGCGUCAGAGUAUGGCAAGUCUGGUGUGAACCAUCAUCAACUUCAUGGAGUCUGCUUCUUUUUAAAAGACAGCUCGCUCUAAACUAUCCCAAAAUGCAUGUGGAGUAAUGUAAGCCUUGAUGAGAAGAUGGCUUCAGACAUUGAGGAACAGCUGAGAGAGAGGGACGAGAGACCUAGAAUCUAAUCUACCGCUAACACUGCCACUAACAUUUCUCGUAGGCAGCGGCUAUAAGAUUAUGCUUUACAUAUUGUGAUAAAGGACUCACAAAGCAUAUAGCACUUUUUAAAGUCUUUAUUUUAUAGUAUAUGUGUCCAAUGAGAAUGAAACUUGAAAGAAUGUCUCAUUUCAAAAUACCCCUUUUUAAUACUCUCUCUUGAUCCACUUACAUCCUGUUAGGUCCUAAACCUCUUGCCUUACAAAAAUCUAAUGUGGUUUCCAACGCAUACCCACAGCAUAACACUAAAAACUCUGCUUCUUGGGGGUUUUCUCUCAAGAGAAAAUUUUUCAAAGAAUAUUGCACUUGUGACUUGUAAAUGGAGAGUAGUGGGUGUAAAAUGUUUGUUUUAAUAUGUAAUGGUUUGUUGUUCUGGGGUUGUGGGUUUUUUUGUUUGUUUUAAAUCAACUACAUAGUUGAUAGACCUGCACAUAUCCCUGAUGUGACUAUCAUUCCAGCCACUGGCGAAGGGGCUUGGACACUGUAUUGGUAUAAUGCGAGCUCUUUAGAAAAAAAAAAUACAGCUGAAAAUGGUCUGCCUUCUUUAA